UUAUUACUUGGGAAGGUCAUAUCCUCUUCUCCUCUCCCCUCUUUGAUCCGAAACAGAGGACUCGGCGGCGAUGUCGGACGAGGAUCCGCCGCUCGACGCGCCGCUCCAAGCAAUUGGCUUCCGGUUCGAUGUCGUCUCCGGCGACUACGUCGCCGGCCUCCUCACCGUCUCCGACAUAUGUUGCCAGCCGUACGGAAUGCUCCACGGCGGUGUGUCGGCGCUGAUAGCAGAGGCGCUGGCUAGCAUCGGCGCCCAACUCGCUGCCGGAGAGGACAGACGCAUCGUGGGAGUUCAGCUCUCCAUCAACCACCACCGAAGCGCCCGCACCGGUGACUGCCUCCUUGCCGAGGCCACGCCGGCGCAGACCGGCAGCCUUCUUCAGAUUUGGGAUGGGCGUAUGUGGAAGGUGGAUGAUGAGUCCACGUCAGCCAAAGGAGUUUUAGUUGCCUCUUCAACGGUCACGAUUCUCGAAAAGACGCGCGAAGUGCCACCUGAAGUUGCCAAAAUUUAUCAGCGUCACGCGACCAAAAAUAAAAUUUCUAAAUUGUAAAAUUACGCUAAAAUGCGUAGGAUGAAAUAUCUAUAGUCGAAUUUAAAUUUGUCGGUUUGUUUGUUUCCUGAUUACUUUCCCACGUUUAUAAUAACAGUUUUCUGUAUUUGUCUGAUUGAAAUAAAAAAACUCUCUCUUGGAUUC